GAUGGGCAGCGCAAUCGACGCCAUCUGUAUCAACCAUUUCCUAUAAAUACCCAUAUAUCCAUCGUAAGUUUGUAACAGACCAUAAGCAACAACAGCCAUGGCCAUACAUAAAUCUCUCUCCCUCGCUUUUCUACUCUUUUUCCUACCCUUUCUUUCUUCUUCCCAUGCAACAAUAUCAUCUGCAACAUCAGGACUGCCGGAAGCAGAGGCUCUACUGAAAUGGAAAGCCAGCCUCUCACCAGCACAAGCUCUCCACUCAUGGUCACUUCCUGCUCCUAAUGCCAGCACCAACACCGUAUCUCCAUGCAAAUGGACUGGGAUCUCAUGCAACAGCCUUGGAAGUGUAACAGAGAUAAGCCUACCGAGUGCAGGCUUGCAAGGUAAGCUCGACAACUUGAGCUUCCCCUCAUUUCCAAACCUCGUUCAUCUCAAUCUCAGUGGCAACACUCUCACUGGAACCAUCCCAGCUCAUAUUGGCGCUCUUUAUAAACUCAUGUCCCUCGAUCUGUCUGCAAAUAGUAUAAGUGGAUCAAUACCCCUAGAUAUAGGGAAUCUUGUGAAUUUGAAUGAGCUAGACUUGUCCAUUAACCACCUAGAUGCUUCUAUCCCUUCCACUUUAGGGAACUUGUCAAAGCUUUCCAUCUUGUACCUGCACCAAAAUCGAAUCUCUGGCUCCAUUCCUCUACAAAUUGGGAAUCUAAAAGAUCUGGUUCAGUUGUCAUUGUACCAGAACAAUCUGACCGGUCCAAUUCCUCCUGCUUUGGGUAAUUUGAGAAACCUUACACUGUUGUUGCUCUACAGCAAUCAAAUUUCUGGUUCAAUUCCUCCACAAUUUGAGAAUUUAAUGAAUCUCGAUGAUCUUGAACUGUCCGAUAACAUUCUAACAGGUUCUAUCCCUUCAACUUUAGGGAACUUGACAAAGCUGACAGUCCUCUCCCUCUUUCAAAAUCAAAUUUCUGGUUCUAUUCCUCCAGAACUUGGGAAUUUAAUGAGUCUCAAUGAGCUAACAUUACACCAAAACAAUCUGACAGGUCCAAUUCCUCCUGCUUUGGGUAAUUUGAGAAACCUUACACGGUUGUUCCUCUACAGCAAUCAAAUUUCUGGGUCAAUUCCUCCACAAUUUGGGAAUUUAAUGAAUCUCGAUAGUCUUGAUCUGUCCGAUAACAUUAUAACAGGUUCUAUCCCUUCCACUUUAGGGAACUUGAAAAAGCUGACAGUCCUCUACCUCAUUAAAAAUCAAAUUUCUGGUUCAAUUCCUCCACAAAUUGGGAAUUUAAUGAAUCUCAAAAAUCUUGUUCUAUCCGAUAACAUUCUAACAGGUUCUAUCCCUUCCACUUUAGGGAACUUGACAAAGCUGACAGUCCUCUCCCUCUUUCAAAAUCAAAUUUCUAGUUCUAUUCCUCCGGAACUCGGGAAUUUAAUAAGUCUCAAUGAGUUAGGAUUGUACAUUAACAAUCUGACUGGUCCCACCCCUCCUGCUUUGGGUAAUUUGAGAAACCUUACACUGUUGCUCCUCUACAGCAAUCAAAUUUCUGGUUCAAUUCCUCCACAAUUUGGGAAUUUAAUGAAUCUCAACAUUCUUGAUCUGUCCGAUAACAUUCUAACAGGUUCUAUCCCUUCCACUUUAGGAAAGUUAACCAAGCUUACUUUCAUGUCCCUUUCUGACUGUCAAUUAUCUGGUUCGUUGCCUCAAGAAAUGACAAACAUGACAAAUCUUUCCGAACUCUACUUGGGUGGCAACAGCCUCUCUGGUUAUUUACCUCAGUUAUGCCAAGGCAGAUCUCUUCAUGUCUUCAGUGCUGUUAGCAACCAUUUCACUGGUGAGAUCCCAAAAAGCAUCAGAAAUUGCACUAGCUUAAUAAGAGUGCGACUUAAUGGAAACCGACUUGCUGCAAAUGUAUCAGAAGCCUUUGGUGUAUACCCGCAUCUCAUAUUCAUGGACAUCAGUGACAACAUGUUUCUUGGUGAACUCUCACCAAAUUGGGGAGGAUGCCGAAAUUUGACAAAGCUACAAUUAUCCGGGAACAUGAUCAGCGGCAGAAUUCCUACUGAGAUAGGGCAGUUGAUGCAGCUACGUGUGCUUGGUCUUUCUUCAAACCAGCUGGUAGGCGAGAUUCCAAAGGAAUUUGGGAGGCUGACUUCUUUGUUCAACUUAACUUUAAAUGACAACCAGCUUUCUGGUCAGAUACCCAAAGAGAUUGGAAAACUAUCCAAUUUGGAGGUUCUUGACUUGUCAAUGAAUCACCUAAGUGGUCCAAUACCACCUCAAUUAGGUGAUUGCUUCAAACUCCAAUAUCUGAAAUUAAGCGAAAAUGUUUUAAAUGGAAGCAUUCCUUUUCAGAUCGGUAACCUAGUAUACCUACAGGGUUUACUAGAUCUAAGUCAUAACUCCCUCAAUGGACAGAUAUCACCACAACUCACGAAAUUGAUUCGGCUGGAAAAGUUAAACCUCUCCCACAACAUGCUGUCAGGCUCCAUUCCACCUUCUUUUGAAGGGAUGUUCAGCUUGCAAUCUAUUGAUUUUUCAUUCAAUGCUUUGGAAGGUCCUCUACCCAAUAGCAAAAGCUUUCAGAAGGCUCCUGCAGAGGCAUUCAUAAAUAAUAAAGGCUUAUGUGGUGAAGUGCAAGGUUUACGACCUUGCAAUGCCUCUUCAAUCAAUCGUGGUGAUGCGAUGAAAGGUCACAGAGUUGUGAUCCUAAUUAUUCUUCCUGUCUCAGUGGCCUUAUUUCUUUUAUUUGUAAUCAUUGGCAUUUCUUACAUUUAUUACCAAAGAAGAAGAAAUAUAAAGAAAGAGGUUCUUGAGAGGAGCAGAGAAAAUCCAUUUUCAAUAUGGAAUUAUGAUGGGAUUGUUGUGUUCGAAGACAUCGUGGAGGCGACAGAGGGUUUUGACGACAAAUACUAUAUUGGAAUUGGAGGGUAUGGAAAAGUUUACAAAGCAAAUCUACCACUGGGUCAGGUAGUAGCUGUGAAGAAACUUCACCCACUCGAAGGAGGGGAUCAAUCUGAUCAAAGAAGUUUUAGAAAUGAGAUACAAGUGUUAACCGAAAUCCGCCAUCGCAACAUAGUGAAGCUUUAUGGCUUUUGCUGCCAUGCUCGAUGCUCGUUUCUCGUCUAUGAAUACAUGGAAAGGGGAAGCUUGGCAAGUAUCUUAAGCAAUGAUGAAGAAGCUGCACAAUUAGACUGGACUCUAAGGGUGAAGAUUAUUAAAGGUGUGGCCCAUGCUUUAUCUUACAUGCACCAUGAUUGCACCCUGCCAAUUGUCCAUCGAGACCUAUCAAGCAACAACGUUCUGCUGAAUUCAGAACUUGAGGCUAGUGUUUCUGAUUUUGGCACUGCACGAUUGCUAAUACCUGAUUCGUCCAAUUGGACUAUGCUUGCAGGCACUUAUGGAUAUAUCGCUCCUGAGCUUGCCUAUACAAUGAGGGUGACUGAGAAAUGCGACGUCUAUAGCUUUGGUGUUGUGGCACUUGAAGUGAUGAUUGGAAGGCAUCCUGGGCAGCUCAUCUCCUCCUUGUCAUCACCAAAUAGAGAUGAGACACUGCUAAAGGAUAUGUUGGACCAACGUCUCUCCAAUCCGACGGCGGGGGCUGCACACGAAGUCAUAUUUGCAGUGUCCAUGGCCCUUGCAUGCAUUCGGCCGGAUCCUGACUCUCGGCCAACCAUGCACCAUGUGGCUCAAGAGCUAUCUGUUGGUGGGCCUUCCUUCUCUCUAGAGUCAUUUCAUGCACUUACAUUUCGUCAACUGAUGGAUCUCAAGGUAUAAUUGGGUGUAUGAAAAUCAAUGAGGUUGUGGGCAAUUAGUGGCAAGAACAUUAUUGCUGUGUGUGUCUAUUGUAUGAAAAUAAUCAACAAUCGGAGGUGUUUUUCUUGUUAUGAUGAGUACACAGUUCAGUGUGUGGAUUUGAUGUUUAUAUAGAGUAUAUAUUUCUAGAAUUGGUGAUAAAAACCAAAAUGUAAUAAAAGUAGGAUGAAAGAAUAAAGAUGUUUUCUUGUUUGAUGGUUA